UUCCUGUUCCUAUGCGCACAACAGACGCUUGCAAGCUCGCGGAAGGUUUACAGCACUUGUAGGCCGACGAUUUUCAGCCACAACAAUUCACGGCUGGAGUCACAUUUAGGCUACUUCAUCCGAUAAACAUCAAGAAAUUAUUUAGAUGAAUUAUAAAUGACUCGUGUGUAAAGGCAUUUAAUUUCUCAAAACAAAUGUUUCUGGCACGGAAUAUCGGCACUCUGUGCAAGAGAGCGACAAUUGGAAGGGAGAUCAUUGUCAAUUAGUUCCCUGCACUAAGGAUUGUUGGUAACCAGAUUUUCCUGAAAUACAGCUGGAGUAGCCUAUGGUGCAUACCUGGAAUACAGAUCUUGUCUAGGGUGUUUAAAGGUCUCACCGUUUGCAAGAAUGAAACCAUUUCAGUGGAGAAUUAGCCAUCGUUGGCACAACAACGGCAAGAAGAGCUGGCUUUUAUGAAUAACUAUCUUUCAUUAUGUCAUUGUCAGCAAGGGCACCAACGCAUAAUAUUGAGAUGCAGACUCUUCUGAAGGGCAGAAGAGUGGGCUACUGGCUCAGCGAGAAGAAGAUCAAAAAGAUGAAUUUCCUGGUAUUUGUGGACAUGUGCAGGAAACGAGGCAUAGAAAUGGUUCAGCUGGAUCUGAGUCGGCCCCUGGAGGAGCAGGGCCCUUUGGAUGUCAUCAUCCACAAGCUGGCGGACCUCAUUCUGGCGGACCAGAAUGACACGCAGGCCCUGCUAUUGGUGCAGAGUGUCCAGGAUUACGUCGACACCCAUCCUGAAAUGGUGGUUCUGGACCCGCUGCCGGCCAUUAGGACGUUGUUGGACCGCUGCAAGUCCUACCAGCUCAUCCGCAGGCUUGAAGACUGCAUGAAAGAUGAAAGGAUCUGCUCUCCUCCCUUCAUGGUUCUAAGGAGUGAGUGUGGAACCGACACUCUCAAACACAUCCAGAAACAUGGCAUUACCUUCCCUUUCAUUUGUAAAACUCCAAACUCCAAUUCCCAUGAGAUGGCCAUCAUCUUCAGUGAGGAGGACCUGAAGGAUGUUAAGCCCCCGUGUGUGAUCCAGAACUUCAUUAACCACGAUGCAGUACUCUACAAGGUGUAUGUGGUGGGAGAGGCCUACUACGUGGUGGAGAGGCCUUCUAUCAGAAACUUCCCUUCUGGACCUGCAGAGAGAAAACCCAUUUUUUUCCACAGUCACGAUGUGUCCAAGCCAGAGUGUGCUUCCGACCUGAAUUCUAGGGACAAUGUGGAGGGGGUGUCCAGGGUGCCUAUCGACGACGUCAUCAGGGAGAUCUCCAGGUGUCUGCGGCGGGAACUGGAUGUGUCCCUGUUUGGCAUCGACAUAAUCAUCAGCAACCAGACAGGGCAGCAUGCAGUCAUUGACAUCAACGCAUUUCCAGGUUAUGAGGGAGUCCCGGAGUUCUUUGACGACCUACUGAGUCAUCUCACAAGUGUUCUCCAGAAGCCGGCCUUUGAGAGGACCAGCGUGGUCGGGGGACAGCUCCCCGCCGCAGCCCUGGCCGACUGUGGGAAACCCUGCAUGCUCCUGGGAAACGAGGCCAACACCUGGAUCGUAGAGGGAGACUGCGUCAAGAGGGGAGGCAAUCAAGGACUGGGGUGCGACUCUGAAGUUUCGGCCAACUUCCAACAACAUUGUGCGUCUGCCAUCCCCACCAAAGCCUCCUCGCAAUAAUGCCCAGCCCCUAGUAGUGAAGAACAAGAUGUUGUAUGAUAUAUAGAUAUAUACAGUGGGGUCCAAAAUUGACACCCUUGAUAAAAGAUAAGAAGAAAAUGACUAUCAAAUAAAUAAUUAAAUUACUGAGCUACAUUGUAUGCUCCAUUUUUGUGUUCUAUUAUACAGUUGAUCAGAAAAAGUGUUUAAGUUAUCUUUUUAAAUGUAAUCUGACCAUAGCACCGGUUUCAAUCCAAGUGCCAAUGCCAUUUAGCGAACUCCAGGCACUUACACUUUUGGAAAUGCAUGAAAAUAGCGCUCUUUAUUUUUGUUGUAAUUUUUGCUUAUAUUUUUCAAGGGUGUCAAUCAUUUUGGACCCCACUGUAUGGGGUCCAAAAUGUCAGAAAAGCUUCAAUGCAUCUUGGCAUAGAUCAGGGUUCUCCACCCCUGUUCCUGGAGAGCUACCGUCCUGUAGGUUCUCUCCAACCCUAAUCUAGCACACCUAUUUCUAGUAAUUAGCUGGAUAAUAAACUGAAUCAGGUUUGUUACAACAGGAAGGUAGCUCUAUGGGAACAGGGUUGGAGAGUCCUGGCAAUAGAUUCUUCACGUGUCUGUAACUCCAUCAUUUGGUAUUUUCUUGGUGGUGGAAAACGCUCUCAGGUGCCACUACAGAAUAUCCCAUAAGUGUUCAAUUGGGUUGAGAUCUGGUGACUGAGAUGGCCAUGGCAUAUGGUUUAAAUCAAUGUUGUGCUCAUCAAACCAUUCAGUGACCACUCGUGCCCUGUUGAUGGGGGCAUUGUCAUCCUAUGGGGCCAUAGCCAGGGUAGACAAAAUAAUGGCCUACCCAGUAUUUUUAUACAUGAUCCUAAACAGGAUGGGAUGUUAAUUAUUGAAUUAACUCAGGAACCACGCCUGUGUGGAAACACUUGCUUUCAAUAUACUUUGUAUCCCUCAUUUA